CUCUACAUUAAGUACAAUUGUAUAUUUAAAAUAAUGUUGGAAUCGUAUAAGAGUUUAGCGCUACUCCAGCUGCUGCUGCUGCUGUCAGUGAUGAUCAUUUACCUUCGAUCGACAUCUCCGGGCAACUUGGAACCGCAGAAAAUGGAGCCGUUGAAGGAGCCACCGCCGGCCGAUCGACUGGUGGUUUUUGUGAGGGAUGGCCUUUCCGCUCAAACCUUCCUGGGCAACCGGUGCAGAGAUGUGCCCCGGCUGCGGGAACUGUUCCUGCACGAGGGUCUAGUGGGGAUUAGUCGUCCGGAGACGACCACAUACCACCCGCUAUCCCCCUACAUUUCCUUGUUCUCCGGCUAUAAUGAGGAUGCAGCAAGGGUGGCUCGUGGCUGGAUGCGAAAACCAGACCCAAUUGACUCCAUAUUCGAUAGGUCUAAGCUGAGUUUUGCUUGGACCACGGCGAAACUACUUUUACGCUUUCCCAGGAUCCAUAGACCCAUGCCAAUGAGGCUGCAAACCUAUGAUGCAGACGUUACGAAAUCCUGCUCCGAGCUGGAAGACGCCGUCUGUCGGUCAGUCAAGAGCUUUCUUUUCGGCGAGUCUCGGCAGUUUCGGAAUGCCACUGGAGUCGUGUUCUUUAUCCACAUGACCGGGGUGGAACCAUCCUGCGAAAGCCUUCAACGGAUUCAGGAAAAUGUGUGGAAGCUGUAUGAGCAUUUUGAGAAGUCUUUUUCCGACCGAAGAACGGCUUACUUGUUUACCUCCAAUCUUGGGGACCCAAAAACGCAAAGUAAGCAUUCGAUUGAAGGCGAUUGCAGUCUGGCAGUUGAAUCUCCUUUUUUUCUUUGGGGUUCUGGAGUGGCUCAUAUUAAGUCCAUGCCAGGACGCAGCUUUCCAGCCAACGAUUCGGGUUAUAGGCUGCCUUUGCAUGUCCUUUAUCCUCCGCACCUCACCGCUCUUAUGAGUGCCCUGCUGGGAGUCCCACCUCCAGUCCAAAGCCGUGGAAUGCUGCCCAGGGGCAUGCUCAACGCCAGUGUGCGCUAUGAGGCCAAUGCCAUGUUGACCAAUGCCAGGCAGCUCCUGGCUCAGGCUCGUCGGCUGAGGGAGCUUCAUCCCAAGCGAAUUCCGGCCUUUUGGCUAAACUUCCAGAUGAUGGACAGCUUUCUAAGAGACUCCUUGGGUCUUAAGGAUCAGCAUCGCUUCAAGGCUCUUCUGGAGUAUAGCUGCAACUUUAUGCCCGUGCUGGUCAAGGCAAUGGACUACUUCAAGAACUACUAUAGGACAGUUUUAGUUAUAGCAGUGAGCUUGGCUGAAAUCGGCUGGAUAUAUUGCCUGCGAUGUCAUCUAACGGUUGGAAGGAAGAGCAGGAACCAAAUGGAAAUCCAAGAGGUAACCUCGUCCGAAAAAUUGGUCUUCGCAAGAGGAUUUCAUCGAUUGCUGACUGCUCUGCUGGUGAUCUUUAUGAUGCUCGAAAGGAUUCCUUUGAUGGUGCAGGUAGUCCUACUAACGCCUUCCCUCUACUGGAAGGUGACCCUUAAGAUUUUGGGCGAGAGACCCAAGAUGGUGUGUCUAAAGAGCUUGAUAUCCUCCGCUACACUUAUACUAUUUUGCUUGGGUGCCUUUUAUAGACGUUACAUCCUGGCAGUGGGUUACCUCGGAUUUGCAGGCUAUAACAACAGAGAAGCCUUCCGGAAACGGGGACUGCAGUUCUACCUGUGGCUUCUGCUGCUCCUUGGGCUCACCGGUGUAUCUGCUUUACCGGAGUCGCUGGGAUGCUCACAGCCCCGAGCUCUCAUGUUUAGCAUCCUGCUUACCCUCCUACGGCCCUUGGCCUGUGGAGUGUACCUCAAUCUCCUCACCUGGCUGAGCAAUAUCCUCGUUCUUCUUGUAGCCUGCGAGUUCAUCCUGGUCGGCUGGCAUCCCUGGAUCGCGUACAUGGUGUCCUGGAUCUAUUCGGGCUAUUUGGCCAUCUGGAAUCGUCGAAGUCUGCAGGCCAGCGAGCUAGUCUUCUUCAACCUGAGCACACUGUAUACCCUGACCUGCACCUCCUACGAAUCGGUGAUCAUCCAAAUGCUGGCCAUGGAACUGCAGAUGGCUCUGCGCAUGAAGCUGGAGAGGAACGAAAGCAUUGGACCGAAGACAGCCGCCCAUUACAUAUUGGUGUACAGCUGGUACUCCCUCUUCGUUAUUGGCAGCUUUCCUGCUUUUGAUGACUACCUGGAUAUCCUGCACGAAACCUGUUUCGGAUAUUUGUCACUGACCUAUGGCCUGGUUAUGGUAAUGAAGCUUCUCCUUCCCUGGCUACUUGUACUCUGCGUCCUGGUGGGAAAUUACAGAAAUCUUGCGUCGCACGAGCGACAAAUCUUCGUGAGGCUGCUGCUCAUGAGCAGUUCUAUGUCGCUGGUGCUUCUGUAUAGGGUCACCAGCGUGGGUCCAUGGAGGGAAAUCCUCUGCAGGUUCGCUGAGUUCACGGUGGUUCACGUAUUCCCACUCCUUUGGCUGCUUUUGUGGAGACUGGCGCAGCACAAAGUGGGAUCCAAGUGGAUGUCCCAGCUACCAGGAUGAGUUACUGUUCAUUAUGUACUUAUUUACAAAAAUAAAGGGCUUAUCAAAUUUAAAAUAA